AAUUAGCUACAACAAAUAACAGCUCAGAUGAACAAAUACAAGCGACAACCCAAAAAGAUCCCUUACCAGAUACAGAAAUGCUACCAAGAGAUGAACUCGCCAUUUAUGGCUAUGGAACACCACAUCUAUCUGCAAGUCACAUCCCUAAAGCAACUUCUCCUCCUGACAAAAAUGAAGAAACAGAUGGCUUUAUCACA